AUGUUAACACAGGGUACGGCAGACAUAGUUCUCGAUUCGUGCGUGGACUACUGGAACGGGAAAGAUCUAACACCCAUAUCCCCAUCAGACAGGAAGAAAAUCAUCGAUUUCUAUCAAAGGAAUUCCCUUACAGCGUACUGCACAGCAUUUGCUUAUAAGCCCAUCACAAGAAAUAUAUCGCCGUCCCUUGCGCAAACAUACCUCGAGCUGCCUGCUGACAGUCGCCAGCUAUACGCACCACAUUCCCAGCUGUGGGCAGAUGCGCCGGCGCUACAUUUCCAUUCAACAGAUUCCCUCCUAUUUAACGAAGUGACAGAUGACGAUGUGACCGACGUAGACGGAUACUUCGACCUGCAGUGUAACCAGGUUUUCAUAGGCAUGGUAACAAUGCAAUACCAGGCGCAAAGCGACAUGGUAGAGCUGAUAGAGCGAUUGGAGCGCGCAUGCAUACGGUUUGUGCAUUUCAGCAAGGAGAAUGAGCUGAGGUCACGAGUCUUUAGCGAGAAGAUGGGAUUGGAGUCUGGCUGGAAUUGUCAUAUUUCGCUCAUGAGCCAGCCGCCACAGAGCAAGCCGAGUUCGCCCUUGUCGUCUCAAACGCUGUCACGCGAGCGUCCUAACACCGCCACGCAACUCACUAGACCCGAUACGGGUGACGCCUUUCCUUAUAGUGGUAAUAUUACAUCUUCAAAAGCGUUGUCGAUGUCCGCCCCGGGUGCUAUUAAUUUGGAACAAGGAACUGUCAAGUUUGACAACGAAAUUAAGAAGAACAGACAUUCAAUUACCACACAGAAUACUUUGAAGCACCUGGAGCGGAACAGCAUUCCAGGAGGAAGAUCGACCGACUCAGUACUGGAAGACGAGGGAACGGAGUCCCCUGGUGAUGCCUGCCGGUCACUAUCCUGUCUUACUGAUUCCACAGACCACUCUGCGCCGUUACAUUUUGAUAUGAGCAAUCGAGCAAAACUACCGCGAGGCAUUGAAAAUAUUCGUCCUCACAUAGAGCAAGUGGACAACGUGCCUCUCCUUGUCUCGCUGUUCACAGACUGCACUCCGCGGUCUGUGCAAAGGAUGAUACAGAUUAUGCAAGAUUACGGUGAAGUUGUGUGCGUGAUGGGAUCGGCAGCGAAUUGUCUCAACAUGGAGAUAUUUAUGCAAGCGGAUGCUAGUGUUGCAGUAGAACCACUGUACCCGGUCCUAUGCCAAAAACUACCGCCCUACCGACUACCACAAGGCUGUAUUGGACCAAUCGACCUCGCCCGGGCUUUGAACUCGCUACCCUGCUCUCUAUCGAUGGCGCGCGAGACGGACGUGUCGCUGUUCACAUUGAUCACGAUGUCGAGACAUUUUACCGCGUGCCUCUGGAACUGCACACAGUUCUGGAUCUGCAGUGCUUGCUUUAUAUCCCUUUUGCAGGUGUUCUCACUCUACGCGUUUCUACCCCUUGUGCUAAAUACCGGCGGAGCGAUGUGGUGCAGUGCUGCUAGCGUGCCGUUACUAGCGACGUCGCUGGCUUUCACUCCCGCGGAUAGGCAUGUUAUGCAGCGCGCUGCUACCAGACCACCAUUGGAAUUCACUGCUAAGAUGGCGCUAUUCGUGUUUUGGUGUUACGCCUGCAAGUUUCUACCCUCAGUGAUAUCGAUAUUAGUUCUAUACGGUUUCACGUUGCGCAGCUUUUGCGAACAAAUAUCAGUCGCCACGAACAGCACAGGCUGUUGGUUGGUGUACCCGAUCAACACAGGGAAUUACUCUAUCGAUCACGAUCUGACUUUGCACAGUUGGCACGGGUGGGGCGAUCUGUUCUAUGAAGGAUUUUAUUUGGCGCAGCACAUUACCUUGGCGUUGGUAACUUUGCAUCUAAUCGCCAUAUCGAUAUCAUUUAUACAUCGGCACUCAUCUUUAUGGCGAAGGGGGUUUUGGGCAAACAAAGUUUGGUGCGUCGCUGUUGUAGUUUUGGUAAUAUUACAGAGUAUAUUCAGUGGUACGAUGCUGUCAAAUCAAAGUUAUGGGUCCUGCGGUGCUUGGCCCUGUCCAGAGUACCACUUGGAAUGGCCCUUGCUCGUCGGUUAUGCUGUGUCGCCCAUACUUGCACUUAUACUGAACGAACUAAUUAAAUAUCAGGAAAUUGAAGUGGACGAAAGGAACCAACGACGUGCCAGAUUAGACUUUGGCACCAAACUGGGAAUGAACUCACCAUUCUAA